AUGGACCUCAAAUCGUGGAUCCUCGACGAAGAUAAAGCACUUCCAUUGCUAAAGACUGCUUUUGACCGUGGAGUCAACACGUGGGAUACAUCGAACAACUACUCAAAUGGCAAGCCAGAGGAGAUCAUCGGCAAAGCCAUCAGGCACUACCAGAUCCCUCGCCAGAAACUGACCCUCUUCACCAAAUGCUGGGCACCGGCCAGUGAGCACGACAACAUAUUUGCUGUCCCCUUCGCAGAAGAAAUGCGCCAGGACAAGGACUAUGUCAAUCAAUUUGCCAUUUUCAACGCAGUGGAUGUAUCUCUCAAAAGACUGGGCAUCGAGUAUAUCGAUCUCUUCCAGAUCCACCGUUUCGACCCAUUGACCCAUCGCGAGGAGGAGCGUGAAAUGAACCGGUUCUGUAAUGAAAUGGGAGUUGGUCUUAUUCCUUGGAGUCCACUUGAGGCCGGGCGGCUCGCCCGUCCCUUGUCGCAUAUCGGCGUGACUGCUCGUCUUGAGAAUACCAGCGCCAGUGAUCUCUUUGAUGCAGAUGUCACUAUCAUUGAUCGAGUGGGGGAGGUGGCGAAACGGAGAAAUUGGUCGAUAUCUCACGUUGUCUUGGCUUGGGUUACCUGGCGCGUCGCAAGCCCUAUCGUGGGCUUUAGUUCGGUCGAACGGAUUGAUGAUGCUUUGGAAAUUGGGAAUCUGGCUCUAACGGCCGAGGGGGAGAAAUACCUUGAGGAGCCGUAUGUGCCCAAGGUCGUGGGUGGUCAUGAUUGA